GUUUCUUUCAUUCAGAGCUGAUUAGCCCGGGAGAGGGCGUGAUAGCCGCGUCUGCCGGCUGUUCGGGAGAAUCGGACGUAUGCCAGAAGGGUUUAGCCGUGUUUAGGCUGCGUGCAGCAAAACCCACGAAGCGUCCUGUGACACCUUAAGGCCUACCAGAUUGGUUGGGACAUAAAAUGUCGUGGGCCAGAGCCCACUUCGUAAAACGUACGACAUGGUCAUUUAAGUGGACAGGUGUGUGUAUAGAAGAAGAAGUAAUGUAAACAAAGUGAGGCCGAAAGGUCAAGCAAUGCAAGCGAUAGCAGUAGAUAAAGAGUAGGCUGCAGAACGCAGAGGCGCACGGGAUCCAGUGCGAUGCAACGCAUCCAAGAUGCAAGAGCCAAAAUGCCACAAACAAGAAUGCGCAUGAGGCCUUGGCUGGAGAUGCAGAUUAAUUCCAAUAAAAUUCCUGGACUUUCCUGGAUCAAUAAGAAAGAAGGAUUGUUCCAGAUUCCAUGGAAACAUGCGGCUAAACAUGGUUGGGAGCUUGAAAAAGAUGCCUGCCUUUUCAGAAACUGGGCUAUUCAUACUGGGAGGUACAAAGAAGGUGACGUACAGCCUGAUCCUAAAACCUGGAAGGCAAAUUUCCGCUGCGCCAUGAAUUCAUUGCCCGAUAUUGAAGAGGUGAAGGACAGAAGCAUUAGCAAAGGCUCCAGUGCAGUCCGGGUCUACAGGAUGCUGGAACCCUCAGCAAAGUCACAGAAAAAAGAAAAGAAGUCAAGGUCCCUAAAAAUCAAGAGUGCAAGGAAGUCACUGGAAGAUAUCAAAACAGAAGAGACUGCUGAAGCAACAAACAGCAUUCAGUUACCAGAUGACCACAGUGGCUACGUUCUUCCUAGUUACCCACCAGAGGAAAUGGAGGUGGGGAGCACUUUAGGACUCCCCACAAGUGACUUAAACAACCCAGACUGGAGGGAUUAUCAGUUGCCUGACAGCACAAAUGACUUGUACCCUUUCCAAGUGUCGCCUAUCACGUCCUCUUCUGAUGCAACUGAUGAGGAUGAAGAUAACUUUAGCCAACACAUUUACCAGCAGCUAUUUAACACCUCCGAUUGGCACCCAUCCAAUGUUGGCGACAAAGGAUUCCUAAUCAAUGAAACUGGCAUCCAAAAUCUCUGUUUUGACGUUACCUAUCAAGACCAGGAUGCAGCCAUUGAUACAACAAACUCAGAAAUAAUUCAAAUCGAUUCCAGAGGCAGCCUGAAUGUCUCUUUGUUCGAGUCGCUACGAUUGACUAGUUUGACCUCCAUACCUUGUGGCAUGUAGACUUCUUUUUUUAGCAAUAGGUCUUCAUUGUUUUAUUUCUGAUGUUUGUGAAACUGGCACAUCUGUGAGUUGUUAUCACUCUUCUCAAUGUUUAUCACUGAAAAGGCAAAGCCAAGAGGGCAUCAUCUGAGUGGAGGGGAAAAUAUCUUUGUAGUAUAACUGUGUGCUUGACUACAUCAUGAGCCAAUUAAGGGUGCAAUCCUAUGCAUGUUUAGACACAAAAUGGUCCUACAACUCCCAGCUUUUCCAAGCCAGCAUGGCUGGCUGGGGAAUGCUGGGACUUUUUCCUGUCUAAACUUGCAUAGGAUUGCACCCUAAGUUGUUGUUGCUGCUUUCCCCGCCCUAACUUGUUCAUAUAUUAAUAUGACUAGAGUUGUGUUUUAAGCAUACAAACUACAUGAAGAGGUGCUUUGCACCUGUAACAAAUUAACAAACAUUUUAAUCACAUCCAUAGCUUAUAUUUGUCAUCACUUCAUACCUGUGGAGAUGGGUAGAGCACUUUCUAAGUUUAAGGCAAUUAAUACAAUUACUCAUUUUUGCAUUUUGACCAGAUAUUUCCAUAGGGACUUUCUUGUCUUUUGAACAUCAGCCUCAGAUCUGAACCCAUUUUGUAAAUAUGUUUAGCUCGUUAAAAUGUGAAAAUCAGAUACAUGCUUUAUUCCGUAUAUUAGGCAUUCAGGAAUUUUACUCAUAGGACAUUCUGUGGGUUUCUGCAAGACAUGUUUCAGAUUGUCAUAUCACCUUUUUUCAGCUGGACAAUAUGUUUAGCCCUAUUUCAGUGCAGUGUAAUUUAAGGGCCAUUUACAUUGUGCUAUUAGCAAAAGCCAUCUGAAUUCAUAACAAAGUGAAUACUUCUUGAAAGGCUGCAAACGUUAUUGUCUUCUUGUACAUAAGUUUCUGUAUAUAAAAAGUUUACAAUUAUUUUAAUAAAAGUUUAUAUAUUUUG